GUGAACACAGAGACAGGAAACCAAAGACAGAUCUAGACAUGACAAAACACAACACAGCCAGAUUGUGACAAUCUUGAUGUUUGGUGGCAGUUUUUAAUGAUGGCUGAACUUCAGGUUGUCGAUAACACAAGCAGCAGAAUGACUUCAUCAGCAGAGGAAGAGACCUGCAAAAACCCAGAUAGACUUUAUGAUGAGGGGGAGAAGAGUAUCAUCGGAGAACAGCUGGAUCAACAUCAGUCUACAGCCACGAUAGGAAAACCACACACCUGUGACCAGUGUGAGAAGAGUUUCUGGAGUUCAGGGAUAUUGAAGCGCCACAAACGUACCCACACUGGAGAGAAGCCUUUCACCUGUGACCAGUGUGGGAAGAGCUUUAGCCAGUCAGGCCAUUUGAAGGUCCACCAGCGAACCCACACUGGAGAGAAGCCUUUCACCUGUGACCAGUGUGAUAAGAGCUUUAACAAGUCAUGCCAUUUGAAGGUCCACCAGCGAACCCACACUGGAGAAAAACCCUACUCCUGUGACCAGUGUGGGAAGAGCUUUAGCCAGUCAAGCGAUUUGAAGAUGCACCUGCGAACCCACACUGGAGAAAAACCCUACUCCUGUGACCAGUGUGAGAAGAGCUUUAACAAGUCAGGCAAUUUGAAGGUCCACCAGCAAACCCACACUGGAGAGAAGCCUUUCACCUGUGACCAAUGUGGGAAGAGCUUUAGCCAGUCAGCCAAAUUGAAGAUUCACCUGCGAACCCACACUGGAGAAAAACCCUACUCCUGUGACCUCUGUGAGAAGAGCUUUAACCAGUCAGGUGAUUUGAAGAUUCACCUGCGAACCCACACUGGAGAGAAGCCUUUCACCUGUGACCAGUGUGGGAAGAGCUUUAGCCAGUCAGCCAAUUUGAAGAUUCACCUGCGAACCCACACUGGAGAGAAGCCUUUCACCUGUGACCAAUGUGGGAAGAGCUUUAGCCAGUCAGCCAAAUUGAAGAUUCACCUGCGAACCCACACUGGAGAAAAACCCUACUCCUGUGACCUCUGUGAGAAGAGCUUUAACCAGUCAGGUGAUUUGAAGAUUCACCUGCGAACCCACACUGGAGAGAAGCCUUUCACCUGUGACCAGUGUGGGAAGAGCUUUAGCCAGUCAGCCAAAUUGAAGAUUCACCUGCGAACCCACACUGGAGAAAAACCCUACUCCUGUGACCUCUGUGAGAAGAGUUAUACAAGGUCAAGCUAUUUGACGACUCACAAGCAAACCCACACUGGAGAGAAGCUUUUCACCUGUGACCAGUGUGAGAAGUGUUUCAGGGAGUCAGACUCAUUGAAGCGCCACCAGAUAAACCACUCCUUUGACCGGUGGAAGAAAGAGUUCAGGGACUCAUAUAGUGUGAAGGUCCACCAGCCUACCCACACUGGAGAAAAACCUGACGUCUGUGCUCACUGUGAGAAGAGUUUCAGAGAACCAGACCACAUGGGAGAACACCUUCACUAGUGCACUGAGACUUGACACA